CCUAUCUGGCCCGUUACACGGGGUGUGCUUAUCUGGCCAAAGGAACGAACGAACGAACGAACAAACAUGGCCAUUUUAUAAAGCGACCAGUGCGCUGGUGAUGGAUGAAUGGAUUGCUGAAUUUAUUAAAAGGAUUAUUCUGAAACUCCCAUUCUCUCAGACAAUGACCAUUCUAAAAGCUUGGGGAUUCUUAACAGACAGUGAAUUGCAAACCUUGACAUUAAGAUAUCCAAAGGACAUUACAGCCACAGAGGUGGUUCGUCUCUGUGAGGCAAAAAAUGCUACAAUAGAUCAUGCUGCAGCACUGGACUUUGUUUUUAAUCAUGCCUUUUCAAAUAAAAAACUCUGGACAGUUUAUCAAAUGUCCAAAACCUCAGAAUCUGAAAAUGAUCUCUUUGAUGCAUCAGAAUUUAAACUUCAGUUUAAAAAGAGCAUUCACGCCGUUUCAAAAAACGUGACUAUCAACUUCAAAGAGUUUGGAGAGGCACUGUGGAUUCGCAUUGCUUGGGGAACUCACAACACCAGGCCCAAUCAGUACAAGGCCACCUUUGCUGUGUAUCAUUCUCAGACACCGCAUGUCUUUAUUACAGGCCUCGGAAAGGCCUGUCGGCCUCUACUGUGUCAGGCACUUGUCAUAGCCUCCAAAUACAGUCAGAUUCAGGAAAUGGAGCUCAAGAGUCGAUGCCUGGAAUCUCUGAAGGAUAUUGUUUUUAAGCGGUUUAAUCAGCCCUUCUCUUCACAUCAUUCAAGACCUCAUGAAAAAGCACUGACUCAAAAAAUUGUUGAUCCAAGGGUUACCUAUGAAAAUAUGCGAGAAAAAGAAAGAGUUCAUCACUUGACUCGUGAAACCUUUGGAGAGGGUCCACUUCCAAAGCUAGAACUUGCCUCCUACAAGCUUGAAACUAUGUUCCGAGCAGAAUCAAUAAUGGGUGGCAAUUUAACUGCUGGAAAUGAGCCCUUCCGAUGUGUUGUCAAAUUUUCCAGCCCCCAUCUUCUUGAGGCCAUUCGAUCCUUAGCACCAGCAGGUAUUGCAGAAGCGCCGAUUUCCACAUUACUUUCUUGUAUUCCUCACAAGGCCAGGAAUAGUUUUAAAAUCACAGAAAAGCGAGGCUUGCAUCCCGCAAGCAGUCAACCCACUAAUUUUUGAAUUUGCACCUGGGAAGACCUGUUGUAUAUUAGUACUUUUCAUAAAUCUUUAUAUUUUAAAGCAUUUUUGCACAGCUUCUCUUGCUUGCCUUGUUACUAGUACCUCACGUACAUAUAGACUUGCAAAUGGAUGGCACACAAGCUGAUCUAGAUGUUAUUUAAAUUGUAGAUUUAUUUUUUUUUUUUCCUAACGUAAAUGUGUUUUUAUACUAAUAAUGUGACACUUUUCACCUAGCCUAUACAAUAUGUAAAGGCUUCUGGCUUCUGCUGUAUUAUAGUUUUAAUAGACACUUGGGGGGGUUGCUUGGGCCAUUUAUUGGCGUUCUUGUGAAUGCAAGGUGCACCUGGCACAAUGUUUAGUGCACAGGAGCUAUACCAGGGGGUAUAUUUAUCAUGCUGUUUAAAAGUGCAGCCAAUCAGAUGCUUUGCUUUGGUUUUCUAACUUUUGAAAUCUAAUCACUGAUUGGUUGCCCUGGGCAACAUCACCAGUAAUGCUUCACUCCACUGUUUACACAGCAUGAUAACUAUACCUAUGAGUGCACAGAGCUUGCAUCCGCUCAUAGCUAAUGAGCCCUAUAAUGUUUAUUUAUUUUACGAACGUCAUAAAAUUUACUUUCUAAUUAAUACAGAAGCAUCAUCCCCUGUUUUUAACAAUAAGAAGUCGCCAGGACAGCCCUAUCUAAGGGGAAAAUUCCUGAUGAGGCAAAUAAUUUAUCUGCUUUAUAUAUAAAUAAGUACAUGUAGGCAAGUAAGGAAUGUUACCUACAUGUAAUAAUCUGUGAGUAUAUACAUUACAAAGGGGCUGACUUAUUAAUGCUGGAGCCUCUGGGCUUCAGCAUUCGGUUCCUAAAACCAACGUGAGAGUUCCUAAACUCACUUGUGGUUUCUGCACUCAAAUACCUCAGCUUGCUACCAUUUGGGGUUCUUUUCCCCAACAAAAGAAAAUAAAAAGCUUGGCAGGUUUUAGGUGCCAGCUUUUACAUUUUUUGGAAAACCCACUAAGAGGGGAAAAAAUGAUCAGUAGCAAGCCAAGGUAGGUUUAUUUAUAAAUAGUAUACUUUCCCUUUGAGCUUGUCCUAAAUCGUUUAAUGGCAAAUAUACAAAUUAUGCAGAUUUUAAGUAACUCCUAUUUUGCUAAAUCACACACUGAACAUUUUUGUAAACCAUAGGCUGUUUGAGUAGUAUUGUUGCAUUGUAUUGCAUCUAAUCUUGUCCUCAAAGAAUCUUUAAAUAUGUAUUUCACAUUCAGUUAGCUUAGACUAGGAAAAACCAUAGCAAUCAAUACAAUAUAUUUCAAUACUGCACACAGACUUACAAUUUUAAUCAUUCUCUGCCAUUAUGUUGCCUAAUAACAAGAUUGGUACCUACAUGAGUUGAUUUUAAGGAAACCACAAUAUUCCAUUUUAUUAGUGUUUAAAAACCUCUUUGUCUCCAUACCAGCUCUGUUCUUUUUAAUAAAAUUAUUAUUAUUUAUAACAUUUAUACAAUUAUUUUUUGCAAAUCCCUAAAGGCUCUCUAAAUGUAACAAUAAUCUAAUAACUGUAUUAUAUGUUACUCUGUCCUCCAUUAUAAAUUUCUAAUAAUGCCACACUAUGUGCAGGCUCCAGUUAUUGCCCUGGCAAUAUUUUUUAAGCCAAAGAUUUUUAUUCUACUUCUAUGAUGAAUUUGAUGUUUAUUACAGUAGGAUAACCAAAUUGUUUGUCUGUCUUGUUUGUUUUCAACAUAUAUGUGUACAUUUAGAAUCUUGUACAGGCAAAUAUGAACACAUUUCAAUGUAAUGUUUCUUUCCCCUUUUGUUUACAUUGAUAUUUUUUUCCUGUUGAAAUAUUAAAUUUAUGAAACUG